CCCCGCCCCUCAGCCCGCCCGGCUCUCCGAACCUAUAAAGGAAGGCGACCCACCACUCUCCCAGCUGGCAUCUCUGAGCCGUCGCCAGCCCCACCGCGCAUACCAAGGGGCACCGGGCGCCGGAGCCAUGACCCUCCGCCGACUCAGGAAGCUGCAGCAGAAAGAGGAGGCGACGGCCGCCCCGGACCCAGCUGCCCGGGCUCCCGACUCGGAAGCUGCGCCCGCUGCUCCGACCCCGACCCCGGCCUCAGGCCCCCCUGCCGCAGCCGCCAGCCCUGGGACCCCUGGGGACGAGCUGUACGCGGCGCUGGAGGACUAUCACCCGGCCGAGCUGUACCGCGCGCUCGCCGUGUCCGGGGGCACCCUGCCCCGCCGAAAGGGCUCUGGAUUCCGCUGGAAGAGUCUCAGCCAGAGUCCUGAACAGCAGCGGAAAGUGCUGACUCUGGAGAAGGAGGAGAACCAGACCUUUGGCUUUGAGAUCCAGACUUACGGCCUCCACCACCGCGAGGAGCAGCGUGUGGAGAUGGUGACCUUCGUCUGCCGGGUUCAUGAGUCCAGCCCUGCCCAGCUGGCUGGGCUCACACCAGGGGACACCAUCGCCAGCGUCAAUGGGCUGAAUGUGGAAGGCAUCCGGCAUCGAGAGAUUGUUGACAUCAUCAAGGCGUCUGGCAACGUUCUCAGACUGGAAACUCUGUACGGGACGUCAAUUCGGAAGGCAGAGCUGGAAGCUCGUCUGCAGUACCUGAAGCAAACCCUGUAUGAGAAGUGGGGAGAAUACAGGUCCCUAAUGGUGCAGGAGCAGCGCCUGGUGCACGGCCUCGUGGUGAAGGAUCCGAGCAUCUACGACACGCUGGAGUCGGUGCGCUCCUGCCUGUACGGCGCCGGCCUGCUCCCGGGCUCGCUGCCCUUCGGGCCCCUGCUGGCCGCGCCCGGGGGUCCCCGCGGGGCCGCGCGGCGGGCCGGGGGCGACGCGGACGACGCCGUCUACCACACGUGCUUCUUUGGGGGCACCGAGCCGCCCGCGCCGCCACCGCCGCCCCCCGCGCGCGCGCCCGGCCCGGGCCCCGCCGCCGUCUCAGCCCCGGGGCCCCGGGCGCUGCUGAGCCGCAGCGCCAGCGUGCGGUGCGCAGGCCCGGGGGGCGGCGGCGGGGGCGCGCCGGGCGCGCUCUGGACUGAGGCUCGCGAGCAGGCCCUGUGCGGCCCGGGCCUGCGCAAGACCAAGUAUCGCAGCUUCCGCCGGCGGCUGCUCAAGUUCAUCCCCGGACUCAACCGCUCCCUGGAGGAGGAGGAGAGCCAGCUGUAGGGGCGGGGGCGGGUGGGGGAAGGUAUUUAUUUAUUUAUUCGUUCCAGCCAGUGCAGAAAGGGGACAGGGGCGGCCGCCCGGCCGAGGGGACCCCAGGAGCCCAGAGCAGCGGGAGAGGGUCCUAGCCAGCCAGCCAACCCAGCUAGCCUUGCUCGGUUCGUCGUUUGUCUCUGCGGAGUCCAGACCCCUCUCCUCCCCCUCGCCAAAGCCGGAGUGGGAGGUGGGCCCGGGAGAACCAGGCAAGCUCGGGGUUGGGAGAGGUUCGGGGGCCAAAGAUGCGGCGUGCCAUCCUACAUCUGGGUCAGUAGUGCCUUGUGGGGUGUCGAGGAGAACCCCUCCUCCGGGUGGGGGGUCCCUGUCCCACGAAGCCCUCUCCUCAGCUUUACUCUCUCCCCAUCCUUGGCCUUGGGGACAAACGCGGUCGUUCCCCCACCCUCCACAUACGUAUGCGCAUCCAGUUAACCAGCGGCCCGCCUCAGGGGCCCAAGGUGCUGGUCCCCCUCUCUCUCCCGACCUUGACCCCUAAGGGCUUGGCUCCUCCCAGGGGCGUGUAACUAAGUGGGGUCCUGUCGGGCAGGGGUCCUGGGUUCUCGGCCUGUCGGGGGACAGGAGUGGGCACGUCCGGGUCGGGUGGGGGCAGCACAGACUGUUCCACCGUUUUGCAUAUUGUUGCUUCUGAACCACAAACUAUAAAAUUGACGGUUUUUUGCA